AUGACGGAGCGAAAAACGGGUGGCUGGCUAUCGUCGGUAGUUGAUAAUAUAUCGGGCCUUUGGUCACGCUCACCUAUUGAAUCCUCUGUUACAUCGAGAGAAAGUACUGGUAUUCAGAAUUCCUUACGUGAUAGCUCCUAUGAAGAGCAAUCUGAAAGUGAUGUGGGUGAGGAGGAUGAUGAUAUUAUUAUCGAAACCGCAUGUGCUGGGCCAUCCACUACUGUACCAACUACUAGUAGAAAUCAAAAUGAUAUUAUACCAAAACAGCACACUGUUCGUUAUCUGAGUCCAUCAGCAAUCCUAGCGGCCACACGAUCUGUUACAAAUUCAUCCGAUAAAGAGACGCUUACAAGUGUUACUCGAAAACGUGCUGCAACAAGUUGCAUUUUUGAUGAUGAUGUAAUGUGGUCGAGUACUAGAAAUGCGUUUACCACAUCAUCUGUGAUGGAGCCUCUUUCUGGUCGUUCUACAAAACGCUCGAGAAUCCAACGGGAUUUCGGUGAUGAAAGGUCAUUCCUUUCAUUAUCUUCGUUAUCUGAUGUACCACAAACUGGAAGAAGUCAUUUAAACCAGUCAUUUGCUUCAUCUUUCACACCACUGAAUUCGCUGGUAAUAAAACCAAGAGUAUCGCGUCCCUGUAGCAGCGCAACUUCGUCGUUAAGCAGUAAAACAAGAGCUAUUCUUGAACAAUUAGAGAAAAUUAGCUCACCUGUCAAGAACGUUGGGCAACCGACACCAUUAGCAGUGCAGUUCAAAAGCCUCCAAGAAAUUCCAUGUGCACUUUAUCACGUGCUCAGCUAA